AUUACACCUCUGCAAGUCUCACUUCACACUCGGGGGACGCUGUCGCUUUAAAGCGCCAAAGGAGGCGUGUAGGCACGUCGAGACGGUGACCGUGUGCGUCUCGUGUCUUACGAAUGACUGCCGCUGUUUCAGGUUAUGUGACAUUGUGGCCGGCCAGGACACCUUAGCACCAAAGUGACUUACAUUUUGUGAGUGAUCGGGGCACACGGAGAGACGAGACUCUGACUGUGCACUGGUCGCUAGUUUUUGGGGUUGUUGUGUUUUUUACGCGUGGCGCACUGCUCUGCUUCACGAGGUUACCGAACAGUUUGCACACUCUCGUGCCCCAGCUCAGUGGAUUGAUCAGCUUCUCACAUCAGAAGAGCUUCUUGGAUGUACGUGCUUCGCUUCACACUUCAAAGUGUCGAACUCGGGGAUCACAGGUGAAGCCGCCCGCGCAUGAUGUACACAAUUACAAGAGGUCCCAGCAAACUGGUCACGCAGCGACGCACAGGGCCCACACAGCAGCUGGACAGCAAAAUCAGUGACUUCAAGCACAAACAAACGUCCUGGAAUAUGCCUGGACUUCCCGCUCCAAAGAUCGUUUUCAACCGUCCGAAUGGUAAGAAAUACCAUCACCCUGCUCCAGCUCUGCCUGCACACAAUCAUCACGAAGAGAGUUUCACCCCGUCACAUGAAGAAAAUGUCAAGUUUGUCUCUGAGGCCUGGCAGGAGGUGCUACAGCAGGAGGUGGGCCAGGCUGCACAGAAAGCAGUGCAUUAUAAAGAGGCCACUCCCAGCCCACACAUGGACGACUUUGUGCCCAUAGAUUUGGAUGAAUGGUGGGCCCAACGCUUCUUAGAAAACAUAGAUAAGCUCUCCUGACGCUCCUCUGGGAUUCGAUGCUCUCGGACAGUCUGGAGGUGAGACCGCGAUGAUGGCUCACAAAAGAAGAGGAAGCCUGGGCGGGAGUUCUGAUGGGUCAAAGUGCCCAGAUGUGGUUGAAAUGGACUGACAGUGCUGAUAACGGUGGACAGAGAAACUCCUGAGAACCACUUGAACUUGUGCGGUCACACAGCCGUGCAGACAGACUGCACACAGAAGGAUGAAGUCUUAAAACUGAGGUUCAUCUUAUUUUCUCUCUCACAGCAGAGAUGUUACUUUGAAAUGCAGUAAAAUUGUAUUUUAAGUUCCA